UAAUACAAAAUGGCUGGCAUGUUGUUGAGGGGUCUCCCUCGUUUUUUGCCUGUGUCUUCUCGCCUUGGGAAUAAUUUACGAUGCUGCAACAUUAUGAAGGUUAUUCCAGUGGUAACACAAUCAUGUCAAUCAAGGCUACUCUCAACUACUCUAUUGGAGGAUUCAGAUGAUUCCCUUGUACAGUUUGGUGGGAGACACACAGUAACCGUUAUCCCUGGGGAUGGUGUUGGUCCUGAAUUAGUCAACUGUGUCAAACAAAUAUUCAAGGUUACUGGAGUUCCAGUAGAUUGGGAAGAAGUCCAUGUCAGUGACCUCACAUAUGGUAGUAGAUACACUCUAGAAGAUGUCAAAGAGUCCUUAAAGAGAACAGGAGUUGGAUUGAAAGGUGCCCUAACAACACCAUCAGCAUUGAGUGCACAGGAUGAUCUAUCCCUCAAUCAAAGAAUGAAGAAAAAAGGAGAUGGUUUAUUCCUGAACACAUGUGCUGAAGUUUCCAAACUUUACCCCAAAAUCAAGUUUGAAGGAAUGAUUGUUGACAACACAUGUAUGCAGCUUGUGUCUAAACCGGAGCAAUUUGAUGUGAUGGUGCUACCAAACCUUUAUGGUAGUAUAGUUGACAACGUUGGUGCUGGACUGGUUGGUGGUGCUGGAGUAGUGCCUGGUGUCAGCAUUGGAAGCCAUUAUGCUGUGUUUGAGCCUGGUGCUCGACAUACUUAUGCACAAAUGGCUGGAAGAAAUGUAGCGAACCCUACAGCUAUGUUACUUGCUGCAGUUGAUUUACUUCACCAUCUAAACUUGGGAACCUAUGCUCAUCUCAUUAAAGAUGCUUUGGAGAAAACCAUCGAGUCUGGCCAGACAUUGACAAUGGACAUGGGUGGUAGUUCUGGUACAUCUGACUUCAUGCAUGCUGUCAUUACCAACCUCCAUCCACAGUGAAUAGUUUGACUAAAUUUGGGCAUUUGUAUGAUUUGCUACAAUGUAUUGAUAACAGAGACUACAUGGACAGUAAUGCAUAAAUGCACAUGGCUGGAUUCCAUGGAGAAGUAAUCUUAUAAGUCCAAAUGAGUUUACAGCUUCUAACACUACAAAUUAUUUACAUGUAAAAAAGYCUAAUAAAGUCUAUUUAUGAAAAUCAAUA